CCUUAGAUUGCCCUAACCACCAGGCCAUGCCACAUCAGGAUUAAUUAUUAUGCUCCUUAGUGUUAAAACAAUUUCCUUCUUAGUUGCAUUGUUUCAGAACAUUAGUUGCAAGUGUUAGAACAUCAUUUAGUUGUACGGUGUUAGAACAAUAUGAUUCUUAGUUGCAUAGUGUUAGUUUAGUUUAGUUUCAUGACGUAAGCAGAUCACGAAUCUAAAGCCUUAUCAUUCGACAGACUCUCUUGAAAUAAAGAUUUACCAAACGAUAACUAGCUUUAUUUAGUCCAGCUUGCUUGACACCAACGUUGAUAUGGUCUGUAUAUUUGUUUAAAAUCUGCUUAGCACACUAUUAGAUUAUCAUCAAUUACUUGUCCAAUGAAUUAACUCAUUCCGAAUUGGUAAGAACCAAACGAUUGUGUUAGAGUGAAAAAAAGCUAAUUUUUAUCAUUUAACAUAACCCUUGUGGCGUUUUAUAAACAUAGAAAAUUAUGAAUGAAGGUAUAGAUAUGUAGUGAUAGAACAAACAUUGUAGGGAUAUGAAGGGAGAGGUAAUAUAAUAAAGAAGAUAUUUGGAGGGAGAUGUGAGCUAAGAAUAGAUAUAAUGUACAAUCUGUCUCAGGUAGUCAGUGAUAUCUUGAAUAGAUGAUGUUUGGAGUAACUCUAAUCUAGAUGAUGUUUAAUCUGUUUCAGGUAGUCAGUGCUGUCUUGAAUAGAUGAUGUUUGGAGUAACUCUAAUUUAGAUGAUUUUUAAUCUGUUUCAGGUAGUCAGUGAUGUCUUGAAUAGAUGAUGUUUGGAGUAACUCUAAUCUAGAUUAUCUGUAAUCUGUUUCAGGUAAUCAGUGAUGUCUUGAAUACAUGAUGUUUGGAGUAACUCUAAUCUAGAUGAUGUUUAAUCUGUUUCAGGUAGUCAGUGAUGUCUUGAAUAGAUGAUGUUUGGAGUAACUCUAAUCUAGAUGAUCUGUAAUCUGUUUCAGGUAGUCAGUGAUGUCUUGAAUAGAUGAUGUUUGGAGUAACUCUAAGCUAGGUGAUGCUUAAUUUGUUUCAGGUCGCUGUUGUCGUGGAAACAGUCUAAUGUGAAGCAAAUAAUUUUUUUUAAUAUAAGAAAUCGCAAGUUAGAUCGUUUGUAUAAACAUUGCGAUAACUAUCACUUUAUUUUUCUAAGAACAGCUUUACUGUUGCUGUUUAUGAAAGAAGGUUGUGAAGAUGAAUUCCAGGGCAAACAGAAUGUGACCUCGCUGCCUGUAGUGAUGCAGACCAGCCUCAAUCGAUUUAGCCAAGUUGGCCGGUUUGCGCUUCACAAGCUGCAUUUCUCAUUUUCCAGAAGAGCACGGGGAUGACGUCACAGCUUGUGAUGGCGUUCGUGUCGCGUGCUGUAGCCGGGCAACCAUUGCAUGAAGACAAGUCCAAGUGGUCUCUCGCGACUUCUCUCAGACUCUGACACUAGAGCCAUUUCGGCAGUGGCUAAUAAAGAUAUAUCAUACUGGAAGGUGUAGUGGGCUACGUCCGGACAGGCGUCAAAAUUCUUAUCAAUUUUACCAAAAUUUCACGCCUGCGGUUAUGCGAUAAAUGGUAUAUAACUCCCGUGUUGCGGCCGCGGCAGACCGACCCGGGCUACCGACGGCCGUCUUCUAGCAAAUCAGAGAUGAGUAGUCAAGAAGCCGGUAACGGCAACUUAUAUAAUUACCAACGUAAAUCUUCUUUUCUCCCGUCCUCCUCCAGGUCCCUACCGAAGCUUACGGGUGAAGAUCACUGCACUGACGGAGAAGGCCUGCUGGGACGUCUAGGUUUCGGUCAGCUCAACUGUAGCGGCAACUUCGAGCCUAUACCUCAUGAUCACGACUACUGCGAGCGGGUUGUGGUUAAUGUCAGCGGCCUGCGUUUCGAGACCCAGCUACGGACACUGAACCAGUUUCCGGACACACUGUUAGGUGACCCUACUCGUCGUAUUCGUUACUUUGAUCCACUCCGGAACGAGUACUUCUUCGACCGAAAUCGGCCAAGUUUUGACGCCAUUCUCUAUUACUACCAAAGCGGUGGAAGACUUCGGCGACCAGUUAACGUCCCUCUAGACGUAUUUGCAGAGGAAAUUAAAUUCUAUGAACUGGGCGAGGGGGCGUUCAAUAAGUUCCGGGAAGACGAAGGAUUUAUCAAAGAAGAAGAGAAGCCGCUUCCAUCUCACGAACUGCAGCAGAAGAUGUGGCUUCUAUUCGAAUACCCAGAGAGCUCACAGGGCGCACGCGUCAUCGCCAUCAUCUCUGUCGUCAUUAUCCUCCUAUCCAUCGUCAUAUUUUGUUUAGAAACUUUGCCGAACUUCAAACAUUACAAGGUCUUUAACUCGACUAGUGGAGUGCUGAGGGUCGUUGAGGAUGAAGUACCAAAACUGACCGAUCCCUUCUUUCUCAUAGAAACCUGUUGUAUAGUGUGGUUUACCUUCGAAUUAUUGGUGCGAUUCCUGGCAUGCCCUAAUAAGCUGGACUUUUUCAAGGACGUGAUGAACUCUAUUGACCUUGUAGCUAUUAUCCCGUACUUUAUUACCCUAGGGACAGUGAUGGCAGGAAAAAAUCCCAGGUCCCCUACAUUUGGCAACGAGAGGGGCAGUAAUAAUCAAGCCAUGUCGUUGGCUAUCUUAAGGGUCAUCCGUUUGGUGCGAGUCUUCAGAAUUUUCAAGCUCUCCAGGCAUUCCAAAGGCCUGCAGAUUCUGGGCCGGACACUAAAAGCCAGUAUGAGAGAACUGGGUUUACUCAUAUUCUUCCUCUUCAUUGGUGUAAUUCUUUUCUCUAGCACUGUUUACUAUGCCGAGGUCGACUCCGAAAGGUCCUACUUCAAGUCCAUUCCAGACGCCUUCUGGUGGGCUGUUGUAACCAUGACAACUGUGGGGUACGGAGACAUGCGUCCCGUGGGAGUGUGGGGUAAGAUUGUGGGCUCAUUAUGUGCUAUCGCAGGCGUGCUAACAAUAGCGCUUCCGGUUCCAGUGAUAGUUUCUAAUUUCAACUACUUCUACCACCGAGAAACCGAUCAGGAAGAGAUGCAAUCACAAAACUUUAAUCACGUGACGGCUUGUCCUUAUUUGCCAGGAACAGUGGGGCUUAAGCCUUUGCAGGAAUCUCCGAGUGAGUCCGACUCGGACAUCAUGGAACUUGAAGAAGGGGCAAUGCGAACAAUGGAUGUUUUGGACAAAAAGCCUAACCCCAAACCUCAGCCAAUUAACAAUAUCAGUGCACUUGGCACAGAAACUGAUGUGUGACAAUGGAGUAGAAGUGGAACUUAUUUCUUUUUCGACUGAAACUACAUUGAUGUGAUGAAAUCUUCAACUCUGAGUCAGCUAGCCACCGUGAAUAACCUGCUUCUACUCGUCGUUUGUACUUGCUCUUCUCAAUGGACAAUCCAGCCAAUGAAAUAGCAAGGCGAGAUUUUCUGAUUUUGCAAAAAUGCCAACCUUCUUGUUUUAUGAAAACAACGAGUACUUCCCUGUAAAUAGGACCAAACAAGCUUUCCCUUCGUUCACAGACGAGCCAUUAAGAACAAACUUUAAAAAUCUCAUUAAUUUGUGUGAGUGAAGUGUAUCAAAACGUAUGUAAAUGAAUUUAAAGAUAUCUAAGAUAUUUCUAGCCCAAAACGUUAAUGUUUAGAUGUAUAGUGUUAUUCUCCAUUUUCAGAAUUCCACUUCUCAUCUUCUGAUAUAACAGAAUAUCGCCAGAUCAUCUGCUGGUUCUAAUCCAACAGGACAUCAAAUCUUGAGUUGUGGUAUUAUAUGUAACUCCACAUUUAUAAUAUUGUCCUCUGUUUAAUAAAGAAAUCUAUUUAGAAUUUAUUUAAGAACCAACAAACGAAGAUUUGGUGUCCUGUUAGAUGAGAACCAGCAGAUCAAGAUCUGGUUUCUUGUUACAUCAGAACAAGUAGAUCUGAUAUAACAGCACACAAGAUCUUGAUCCGCUGGUUCUGAUUUAACAAACCAUUUUAUCUCCAUCUGCUGGUUCUGGUUUAACAGAAUACCAAAUCUGGAGUUCCUGGUCGUUAUAUCUAACUCCAUCCUUGUAACAUUUUCCUCUUCCUGACAGAGAAAUCCAUCUAGAAUUCCUUUAAGAGUAAUGCAAAGUUAACUCGUGGACUUUUUCAGUUUCUUCUCCAAAGUGCAAGAUGCUGCCUACGUUUCAGGGUGAGUGAAGUUAACAUUGAAGGAACAGAACAUCUACCAAAGCCAUUCUCUGGCCAGUAAGUGCUCUUAUUCUCCAUGUGUUAAUAAAUAAAAGUGGAUUUUCAACAUUGAUUUGAAUGGAUCACGGUUACUUUAACCAACAGUUGGACUACUUUAUUAUAUGAAGAACAUAUAUUGUACAGAAGGUGAAAAUUUCUUCAUAAAAGUCAGAUAAGCGUGAGGCAGGUAAACUACCCUCAACUAGACAGACUUAACUAUGCAUAAUGGAAAGAAACAUGAUGGUGCUUAGAAAGCUCAUUCCAAACACAGCAAAUGGAAGAAGAUUCAUCCAAAUGAUCGACCAGUUUUUAGCCUAAGUUAUUUUUCCUUGCAUUGUCUAAUAUUGAUAAUGUUUCCGUAGAAAAAUCCAUUUUUUCUUUGUAGUAUAAAAAACUUUCUAUGAAUGUUUCAAGCGCCAGAUGAUCAUAGUUCUAGUACAGCAACGAAGUGACCGUCCAGGAUUAGUUUAUCUUUUGUUUCUUUAGCUGAAGAGGACUCGAAUACAUCUGAUGAACAAAGACAGUUUUACUUCUUUGCAUGAUGUAAUUUCCUUCCAGUGUGUAGAUGUAAAAGUAACUUACAUUUUGCCAGAAGUUCGCUCUAUCUACUUGCUUUUUAUUACAACUAAUGAACCAUUGCAAUAAAGUGCUUGAUACGGUGA